GGCGAGGCCUCGCUCGGCCAGGCGCUCGCGGCCGUUCAGGGCGCCAAGCAGGCAUACGACUGGGCCCGGCGUUACUUGCAGUGCACGCUGCGGCAGCACGACCUGUUCGUGCACGGCAGCGGGUCGCCCGAGCUGCAGCUGCUGCCCGUGGAGCAGGUGGUCGAGGUCUGGGAGAACGUCCUGAACUAUGGCGCCAAGGACGCGGAGGACCUGGUCGGGCGCCUGACCCUCACGAAUUGCCGGGUGGUCUGGGCGCUGGACAAGGACCGGGCCACCUACAACGUGAGCGUGCCGCACCGCGCCUACGUCCCGAGCCUCACGGAGACGCAGAGCUUUGGGCUCUGCCUCGUGCUCACGGUGGCCUCGAACUUCGUCCACGACGCCGACUACGCGAACGGCGUCCGGCUCGGCUUCGGCCUGCAGAAGACCAAGCUCGAG